AUGUCCAUGUCUCAAGCUGCCAACCUCGUCAACGAGGCACUAGGCGGGCACGAUGACAGUUCCAUCACGAAGCAGGACGUAUCGACGUAUCGAGAGGAGGGCGAAGGAGAGGACCGGACCAUGAAGGCUCUGUGCUGGAUGGGCAAGAACAAGGUCGAGGUGCGCGACAUGCCGCGGCCCAAGAUCAUGGAGCCGCGCGACGCCAUCCUGCGGGUGACGGGCAGCACCGUGUGCGGCAGCGACCUGCACCUGCUCCACGGGACGAUUGCGCAGCUCCAGGCCGGCGACAUCCUGGGCCACGAGUUCUGCGGCGUCGUUGACGAGGUAGGGCCGGGGGUGGAUGCCUCCAAGGUCGAGAAGGGCAAGCGGUACGUGGCGUCGUUCCAGAUCGCCUGCGGAGAGUGCUUCAUGUGCAAGCGGAAGCUGUCGUCCAUGUGCGAGAGGACCAACUCUGACGCGGUGCCGCGCGCCAUGUACGGCGACCAGCCGGCCGGCUUCUUCGGCUACUCGCACCUGACGGGGGGGUUCGCGGGCGGCCAGGCCGAGCGCGUGCGCGUGCCGCUGGCCGACGUCAACCUGCUCGAGAUCCCCGACGACGUCCCCGACGAGAAGGCCCUGUACCUCAGCGACGUGCUCGCCACGAGCUACAACGCCGUCGUCGACACGGGCGUCCGCGGGGGCGACAGCGUCGCCAUCUUCGGCGCCGGACCCAUCGGCCAGAUGGCGGGCGUGUUUGCCGUCGGCGAAGGCGCGUCCAAGGUCAUCUUCGUCGACACCGAGCCCAGGCUCACGUACGUCAGGGACCGCUGGGCACCGGAGCACGCCGGGAAGCUGGAGCUGGUCGACUACAGAGAGCUCGGGCACGGCAUCACCUCCAAGCCCACCGUCGUGUCGAGGCUCAAGGAACUCUGCCAUGGUCGCGGACCGGAUGCCGCCAUCGAGUGCGCUGCCGGAGAGUACGCCCGGGGUUGGCUGCACUGGCUCGAGAUGGUUGUCGGUGCUGAGAUGGACACCAGCGAGAUCAUCAAUGAGAUGGUUGAAAGUGUGCACCCCUUUGGCCGCUGCGGUAUCACGGGCGUAUAUGCUGGAUAUACAAACCAUUUCAACAUCGGCGCCGUGAUGGAGCGCGGUAUCCGACUGAUUGGAAACGGCCAGGCACCAGUGCACAAGUACUGGCAUCACCUGCUCUCCCUGAUCCAGAAGGGACAGCUGGAUCCGCUGCAGAUGGUCUCGCACCGUGCUCGCGUGGAGGACAUCGACAAGGUGUACUACGCGUUUGAGAACCGCGAGGACAGUAUGCAGAAGGUCUUUGUCCAGACCAAGUUCUCGUUUCCGGCUUGCGAUGGAAGCCCACCGUUGAAGCUUUAUUGA